UUAUAGGUCAAAUAAAAAUUUUCCUAUCAGCUAGCCUGAUUAGUCGGUGUUACCACAUAAAGUUUCUCUAUUCUCCGUUUGAACUUGAUUAUUAAUUAGAAAUGUCGGGAAAAUAUAGAAUUGUUAUGGUUCGCCAUGGUGAAUCUGAAUGGAACCAAAAAAAUCAGUUCUGCGGUUGGUUUGAUUCAGCUUUAAGCGAGAAGGGUAUCGCUGAAGCACAAGCGGCCGGAAAAGCAAUAAAAGAUGCUGGUUUGAAAUUCGAUGUUGCUCAUACAUCAGUGUUGACCCGCGCUAAUAUCACUUUGGAUACAAUUCUCAAGGAAAGUGGUCAACCAGAUGUUCCAGUAAACAAGUCAUGGCGUUUAAAUGAACGUCACUAUGGUGGUUUGACUGGCUUGAACAAGGCGGAAACCGCUGCCAAAUACGGAGAAGAACAAGUAAAAAUCUGGCGUCGUAGCUUUAACACUCCACCACCACCAAUGGAACCCGGUCAUCCGUAUUACGAUGUCAUCGUCAAAGAUCCUCGCUAUGCCAAUGGACCAUCGCAAGAAGAAUUCCCUCAAUUUGAAUCACUCGAAUUGACUAUUAAGCGCACUCUACCUUAUUGGAAUGAUGUUAUCAUUCCACAACUAAAGGAGGGCAAACAAAUUAUCAUUGCUGCUCACGGCAACAGUCUUCGUGGUAUUGUUAAGCAUUUGGAUAAUCUUUCUGAAGAUGAGAUUAUGGCUUUGAAUUUGCCAACUGGCAUUCCAUUCGUUUACGAAUUGGACGAAAACUUCAAACCAGUUGUGUCUAUGAAAUUCCUUGGUGAUGAGGAAACAGUUCGAAAGGCCAUUGAAGCAGUUGCUGCUCAAGGCAAGGCCAAGUAAGAGAUUCUAAACUCCAUAACAUAUUCAUAGGCAACAAGACAUUUAACCGACGAAUAACAUAAAACAUAUUAUUCACAAUUGCACAAGGUAAUGCAACAGCAAAAUACGGCUGUAGAAAAUCGUAGUUAUUCGCAAAAGUACGAAUAUUGUUGUGUAAAAUUGCUGUUUAAUUAUUAAAUUUAAUAAAUUAUUGUUAAAAAUAUGUUAUCGUGUAUACGUAUUCAAGAAGAA